AUGGAGAUGUAUGGGGUGUCAAUUCCCAAAAUGGAUUGGGAAAGCACGAACUUACCUCAAGCCUGGGAUAAGUUUCAAAGGCACGCCGAACUAGUGUUCUCUGGGCCCCUAAAGAACAAAAGUGACGAAGAGAAAGCGUCGCACGUCCUUCUUUGGGUCGGAGACAAAGGAAGGGAUAUUCGCCAGACGUGGACGACAAUUAGCGAGACUGACGCUAAAAAGCCGGCAACGUUUUUUAAGAAAUUUAAGGAAUACGUCCAGCCGAAACUUAACCCGAUAUUUGCCAGGUUUAAGUUUAACAACAUAGUUCAAGGUGCUGACAAUUUUGAAUCAUUCGUUACAAAACUGAGAUUAGCGGCGACAGAUUGCCAGUUUACCAGCUCAGACGAAAUGAUUCGCGAUCGGAUCGUUUUUGGAAUUUCGUCGGCCAAACUGCGCGAGAAGCUUAUUAACGAAGGAGAGAAACUGUCGCUGGACAAAGCUGUUCAAAUAGCACAGAACUUUGAAAACGCCAGAGAGCAGAUGCGAACCAUAACGACGACUUCCGGCGAAGAAGCCCAUUCUUCAGCUGUAUACCAGGUGCGGCGGCAACCAAAUGAGCGAUACCGGAAGUACCAGCCAGAGAGACCAGCUGCGGCGUAUAAGCCGAGGGACGACAACAAAAACUGUGGUAAUUGUGGAAACAAACAUUCAAGGACAGCCAACUGCCCUGCAAAGGGAAAACAAUGCCAUGCGUGUAAAAAGUGGAACCACUUUGCACAAAUGUGUCGUACGAAUGAGGUGACCAAAAGGGUAAACGAACUGAGAGUGGAUUAUGAAUCAAGUUGUGAAUCAGACGACGAUGCAUUCUAUGUGGACACCGUGAAAACAGCAGGUAAGUUGGUUUCACAAGCCCAUGCCACUCUUAUCAUUGGCCCCGUCAAGAAACCUAUAAAGUUCAAAAUUGACACAGGCUCUAUGGUGAACAUUUUGCCUAACAAUGUUUACAGGCAGCUUAAAGUUCACGGCCCCUUAUCAAUAGCAUCACACAAGCUGACCUCUUACACUGGGGAUUCUCUGAAAGUACUCGGCACAGUAGACUUGCCAUGUGGCUACAAAGAGCACAUGGUAACAGCCACUUUUUACAUUGUAGAAACAAAUUCCCAACCUCUACUCUCGCUGACUACGUCUGUUGACUUAGAGCUCAUCAAACUGACAUACGCUGUCGAUAAAUCGUCCUCUAAACAUGACAUUGUGACAGAAUAUAAUGACAUUUUUCAAGGUGUUGGUCUCCUUCCAGGUAAAUGUCAAUUACACCUGCGAAAAGAUGCAAUUCCCGUAGUAAACGCUACUAGACGGGUACCGUAUGCAAUAAAAGACAAACUCAGACAGGAGUUAGAUCAAAUGGAACAAGAAUCGAUCAUUUGCAAGGUCACAGAGCCAACAGAAUGGGUCAAUUCUCUUGUUUGUGUAGAGAAACCCCAAACUGGCAAAUUACGCAUUUGUAUAGAACCUAAACACUUAAACGACGCUCUACUGCGACCUCACUAUCCAAUGAGAACACUUGAAGAAGUGACCUCUGACAUCUCAGGUGCUCGCUACUUCUCUGUGUUGGAUGCCAAAUCAGGUUACUGCAGUAUCGAGUUGACAGAAGAGUCUUCAUACAUGUGCACAUUUGGCAGUCCAUUCGGACGGUAUAGAUUUCUUAGACUUCCUUUUGGAAUCAAAUCAAGUCAAGACGAAUUCCAAGGACGAAUGGACGAGUGUUUAGAGGGUCUCACUGGUGUAAAAUGCAUUGUUGAUGACAUUCUUGUUCAUGGAAAAACGCUAGAGGAACAUGACACUAACUUACGCAACGUACUAGGACGAUGUAGAGAAACGGGCAUUCGACUCAAUCCUGACAAAUCCAAAAUCGGACUGACAGAAGUCCCGUACUUUGGUCAUAUUCUUACAUCCGACGGACUCAAACCAGACCCUGACAAAGUGGCAUCCAUCCUACAAAUGAAAGCACCGACGUCACGUGCAGAGCUAGAGACUCUGUUAGGAAUGGUUACAUAUCUCAGCAAGUUCUCACCAAAACUGGCCGAGUUGACAAACCCAUUGCGGGCACUGCUAUAA